CUAGCCCUUUCUCAAGUUGUUUUCCCACUUCAUCUUUUGCAGAAUUCCCAUUUGUCUUUUAAGUCCAAUCAUUGUUGUGAUUGAAUGAAUCGCCUUUAAUUAUUUCUCUUUGACAAGUUUAAGAGUGUGUUUCUCAACUUGGAUGUUUCCAGAGUUUGAACUUCCAGUACGUACUACUUCUGCAUCAUUUUGAUUUCUCCUCAAGAAUUCAAUGGGCUGCCUGAAAUUUCUCCCAACAAAUAGACAGCUAUGUAUUUGUCUGCUGGCCUUUGCAUUCUUCUGCUUGUCUGCCUCACCCUCUCUCCCAUUCUUGGCUCAAGGUAGACAACUCUCCAAACUCUCAGCUGCCACUCUGAAAACAAGAAAUGAAGAGAUUAAGGCAGUGAAAAUUAUGAGAUCAAUGAUAGGAUCAAAGCCUCCAAGAUGUGAAGGGAGGUGCAAGUCUUGUGGGCAGUGUAGGGCAGUUCAGGUCCCCAUUGUGCCCACCAAGAAAUCCCUUAUCAAAGCAGCCCAUUUCCAUGCAAACAUUGCAUAUUCAAGAGGAGAUGACAUUUCAAACUACAUGCCCAUGUGUUGGAAGUGUAAAUGUGGGGAUUUCUUCUUCAAUCCUUGGUGAAAAAAAAAAAAAAAAACUCUAAUUUUUAGAGGGUUUUUUGUGGUUUAGUUUGCUUCAAUUGUUAAUAUGAUGAUCUUGGAAAAAUCCUUAAUUUAGUUAUAGCUUUUACUACAGUACAGAGGUAAGGUUUAUGUUUUAAUUUGUAGUUUGGUUAAGUUUCAUGAUGUUCUUCUGGGCAUUCUUGAAAUGUUCAAGUUCAUUAGCAUUUCGCACUACUUACAAUUAUUCGGCUGUAUAAUUAU